CUGCUGGAGCCUCCUACGUCAUGAGGAAACUAACUUCACACUAACAAUGCAUAGCCAGAAACUAGCAUCUCUUCAUUCAGAUUAAAUACUUGCAAUUCCACUGAUGGUUGACGUCUGGAUAUACAUUUAAUAGACCACUUCAAAGAGAGACCACCGGUCGCUUGCGACUGGAGUUUAUCAAACAAGGUGCAGAGAACAACUAUUCCGACAGCCCAAAUGGCUGGGCACGAGUGGGACGAUUGGUUUGAACGGGAGGAAUUUAUUGGGCAAAUCAGCGACAUUCGUGUGCAAAAUCUCCAAGUUGAAAGAGAACUUGUUCAGAAGAGGACUUUUACAAGAUGGAUGAAUUUACAUUUAGAAAAGUGCAAUCCUCCAAUGGUAGUCCAUGACCUGUUUCGUGACAUUCAGGAUGGCAAGAUUCUAAUGGCUCUGCUUGAGGAAUUGUCAGGAUGUAAGCUGCUGCAUGGAUUCAAGCCAUCCUCACAUCGCAUUUUCAGGCUAAAUAACAUUGCCAAAGUACUGGCAUUUUUGGAGGAAAGAAAUGUUAAGCUGGUCAGCAUUGAUGCUGUUGAUGUCGCAGAUGGAAAUUCCUCAAUAAUUCUUGGGCUCAUCUGGAAUAUCAUCCUGUUUUUCCAGAUUAAAGAGCUCACUGGGAACAUCAAGAGCCAGUUCCCCUCUUCUUCCAGCUUGUCUUCCAUUCCCACCAGCUCUGAUUCAGACACCUCCCACUCCAGCACACCCUCAGAUGAGAGGCGACCUUCUAUUGCUGCUAGGGAUCAUGGAAAAGCCAUAAAGACCCUCCUGCAGUGGGUGCAGAGACGCACUAGAAAAUAUGGAGUGGCUGUCCAAGACUUUGGUAAGAGCUGGACAAGUGGUCUGGCUUUUCUUGCUGUUAUCAAGUCCAUUGACCCCAGUCUGGUGGACAUGAGGAGAGCACUGCUGAGAUCACCAAGAGAGAACAUUGAGGAGGCAUUCAGAACAGCACACUAUAGCUUGGGCAUUCCACGGCUACUGGAACCUGAAGAUGUGACCCUUAAUCCACCUGAUGAACAGUCUAUAAUGACUUAUGUGUCCCAGUUCCUUGAGCACUUCCCAGGCAUGGAGGAGGAUCAGAUGUCGGAUGUCAUAGAGAGGAGUAAGGUCAGCGCACGAUUGAAUGAGCCAAUGGUUAGAAACGGUGUUCAGAGGAAAAGAGAAAAAUCUUGUGUUGUAAAGAGGGACUGGGUCCAGCCGCCACCCAAGAUCUUCAUUUCGUCUGUGUCCGAUGAUCUUGAGCAGACUUCUUCUCCUGUCCAUUCAGGGACAUCAGAGGACAGACCCUGGGCCAGUGAAGAAUCGUCUGUUGGAUUUAGCCCAAGUCCGGCAGAUGACCGGUCCUUUAAUCACUCUCUUGACCUAAACAAAGAGGUUUACUGCACUGUGUCCUCCUCCAGCUCCCCGCAGCCCUCUUUUGCCGACUCCGUGAUUGAGUCACCAGACUCAUGGAGCGAGAUGACUAGUGAAACUACUCCUCUUGAGGAGCUACAGCAGAGCCCCAGUGAUGUCUCGCUGGGGGAGAGCAGUGAGACAGGUGAAUUGAGAGAUUCCUCUUCUACCUGUGAAAUGCUACAAGAUCAAGAAUCACCACUGGCACUGGAUGGGAACUCACAUGAAAAUACAGACACAGAGCUGUUCAUAGAUGAGGGGAACUUUUCCCUCAGCUCUGUGGAGAGUCUACAGGCCAAAACCACACUGCCAUCGGAGGAUGAAGAUGCAUAUAGGUAUAUUUUAGAACUGAAUGAGGAUGGAACUGCCAGCGAUAUGCCUAAACAAGAGGCCAUGAUCAGAUCAAACACGGAUUCAGAUCUAAGCAAAACACAAUUAGUGCAGUGUGACAAAACUGUUUUUCAAUCACCUCAUGAACUUGCCCAUGGGGACAGUGACUCAGGGUUCUUUCCAGGUGACAAGGAUUACACAGAACACACAGCAGUACAGUCUGAUGCUGGUAAUACAGAAGCACCAACUGGUGACUCUGAGAGACAAGAGACAGAUGUCAAAAAUAAGAUGGAAAGUGAAUCUGAAUAUUCCACUGGUGUGACAGAGUCUUCCAGUCAUGUUAAAAACACUACAGCUGUGCACAGGCUCUCUCCUGAAUCACUAGAUGAACCAGAUCAAGUCACUGUUGCUGUGAAGGCUGAAAGUGAACCUGAAUGUCUAAAUGAAGAUGAGAAAAUCCCCUCUAAGACAAAGGAUGGCAAAGAGCCAUUGUGCAGUGAACUAUCCGAGAAGACACAGCAAUUAGAAGAACCAGAAGAUCACAAUGUGCAAGAUGUGUUAAGUGAUUGUAUGGGGACAAAGAAAGACUGCAGCAUAAAUGAUGAUGAACUUAUUGUCCGGACAGGUCUGAUUGAAUGCAAGGAAGAAGACCAGACAAAGCAUUUAGAGGAUGAGCCACAAGAGGACCCAGAGCAAAGUCAUAAACAAAUGAGAGAUAUUGCAGAACAGGUUUGUACAGAGCCAGAAGUUCCUCCGGGCUGCACACACUACAAUGAAUCUAAGGCUCCAAACAGCCCAUUAAGUCAGAGGGAAGAGGUAAACUUGGCUGUUGGAUUAGAGGGUUCAGAUAUAAGUGGAGGAGUUGAAAUGAAGGACUUUGCUGAAGCUAAACCACAGGCCUCUGCUGGGCUGUCUCAGAGGUACACUGAUGACACUUCUGAAAUUACACCAGUCAGUAGUGAGGGAAGCUAUGAGGACUCCAGUCUUGUCAACGAGGUGACUGAAAAAGGCCUGUGUAAUGGAGAACCUGAUCCAGACAGAAUGACCAAUCUUGAGGGACCAAACUGGAUAGAGAAUGAGCUAGAGGAGAAAUUUGCAGAAGAAGGAACAAGAAACAAUUCUGAAGAUGAGCCAAGUGCGGCUAAAAGUUCAUUUGAAAAGGAGUCAAGAGGAGCUGAGGGGAUUUCUGAAGAUGUGACUAAUGUGGAAGAGAGUAAGUUGGAAAAUGAGGAAAGACCAGCAGAAUGUGAGAUGAAUGAUGAGGUUCCUUGCAAAAUAAGCAAUACAGAAGGAGAGGAAGACAAAACAAAUAGGGCUAUUUCGGUGAUACCACUGGACAUGGUGUACUACCCACACUAUGAUGUGCCCAUAUCAGAAGUGAUUGAGGCUUUUGUGGAGCCCAAGCCUGACUCAGUCCUCUGUGAGGAAGAUAAUCUCAGUCCUACCUCACCAGUGCCCCACAGCCCAGUGGACAGCACUGAACAGAACAUAGAUAGUCUUUCUUUGGAUUGUCAGGAUGAAAGCCAGGCCAUCUCUGAGGAGGCUGAGGAGAUCCCUACUCUCUUAGAAGAGCCUGAGAAAGAUCUGACAGAUCAUCGUCUUUCCCUUAGUGUGACACCGCUCCAGCCAGCACCAACUCAACACAGAUCGCCAGAUUCUGAGACUGACAGCGAAGAUGGAAUGGCACAAGGCAGUGAUGAUGUGAUACAGAGGAAGUCAGGAGAGGUGUCUCCCAAGCUGCAAGACCAAUGCCUCUUCGAGCCCUGGGAAAGGCACCCAGGAGAGUGGGGUGCAGUGGAGAUAGAUGUGCCAGCUGAGCAGUACGAGCUCAUUAAGACUGAUGAGGAGCUGGCUGCUGCCAGAGAAAACAUGGAGACUCUGAGGGAAAUUUCUGUUGGUGACAACAGCACAGAUGAAAGUCAGCUGUGUGAAAGGAAGGUGAUUGACUCAAAUGAAUUACAGGGUGAAAAUGGGUCACCCAUAGAAGCCAGCAGCUUAGAGAGCAUUGGUGCCAAUAAAAGGGAGGAGAGUAAGACAUCUAAAAAUCAAGAGAACUCGGAUGAAACAGAGGUGCCUGAACUCCACAUCCUUCUGAUUGUAUGGCUCAUCCUGUACUGCCUUUUUGUCCUACCGCAGAUGGACUUCUGGUCUCUUCCACAUCUUCUCCUUAAUUUAAAUGAAUGACUGCAGGUUAAACACAGGCACACAUGUAACAACAUACAUUAUGUUCAGCUAGCAUUACAGCUCAGUCUUAAACUGACACCAAACUCCAUUUUGCUAAGCCAUGCUUGCAGCUCUCAGAGGACUGAAUAGUUACAAGUGUUAUGGCAGAGUUCCGACAAUGCCCACCAUACAGUUACAUGGAGUUAACAUACAUACAUGUAAAAAAAGGCCAAGGGAAAUAUGGCUUGGUUUUGGAAGAGCAAUCAGUUUGCGGUUUAUUUUCACAUAUGUGUAGUGUCACCUGUUAAAAUGAAUGCUUUAUCUUUUAAUAACUUCUAAAUCUUUUAAAAGUAUGUUCUUGGCCUUUUAUAUAGUUUGAGUCCACUUGCUUACAGUUUGAAGACAGAAGCCCUCUGAGGAAUACGUAGGAAUAUGUGCACUUGUUUAGGUUUAAAGUGAAGGUUAUGGAAGUAAACUGUCUAAGUUAUUACCAUGCCAUAUCAAAUUGUGAAUGUACCCCUGUGUGAAGGUGAACAAUAUAGUUAAUGAAAUUGUAUAUGUUUUUACAAGUUACAUGCACAAAUCUGAACAAAACUGAAUGAGUCUGAUUUCUUACAGAUGUUUGACAAUGUUUGAUACAUUGUAACAAGUGCAUAAAAUCUGUAUUUUGAUGACUGUAAGGUACUUGGCAUAGGUACACAUCUCAAGAUCCAUCAUUCUGGGUUGUGAGGAUGUUUUUGAUGGUAUCAUUUGCACUUUUUGAACACAAAACCAGAACUGCCAAAGAUUCAGUUUUAGACGCUGAAAAAUACACCCCACUGAAUGAGAAAAAUAUGAGAGAAUUAGCCUAAUCUUCUAACAUGAAGUACAACAUUUCUGACAUGACAGCAAGUUAAGUUC